UUCAUGGUGGGAAGUUAUUUAAUUUAUUUUUUAUUAGGCCUACUUUAUCUUUGAUAAUUUUUUGAUUCAAUUAACAUUAUAAAAUAUAUAAAUACCAUAAAUUAAUAAAUUAAAAUGAAACUUCUUCUGAAUGUACUAAUCGGCUGAUCAAUACAGUUCAAUGAAUAAAUCGAUCAACACACCACGGCAGAUCCGAGUCAGUCUUCGAUGAAUGGAAAUCGUUCAAGUACACACACAUCAAUAAUUGCCCCAUAGUUAAACUGUGGCAAUUUUAAGCUACACGUCACCAGAAAUACACAGUAGGAAUUCACAGGAAAGAAAUUCCCCCGAUUUGUCUCCCUUAUUAUUUGGCUACAUUUAUUGCCCCUUAUAAAGGCCAAUAUCUGAAGAGCUGUGGACAAACAUACAAGUUUCAACUAGAGAAUCUAAACAACAUAUAGGAAGUAUGACCAUGAAGGCAGGGCUACGUGUGGUGAGGGGGCCGGACUGGAAGUGGGAUGACGUCGACGGGGGUGAAGGUCAAGCAGGGACAGUCGUGGACAUCGGCGGUGGCGGACAGUCCACGGUGCCAGAGAAGUGCGUCACUGUGGUCUGGGACUGCGGGGCGGUCAAGAACGUCCGGGUGGGGUACCAGGGGGCGUUUGACCUGGUCGUCUUGGACAGUGCCCAGUGUGGUGUCCGACACCCCGACACCAUGUGCUCUGAGUGCUUGUACUCUGGCAUUGUGGGCAUGAGGUGGCAGUGUACUGAGUGCCAUGGUGUGAGCCUGUGUACUCAGUGCUACAUGUCAGACAAGCAUGAGACGGCCCACGGUUUCCGGCGCUUUGAUACGGCCACGUCAGAAGGAGUCGAGGUACCCAAGAGGAGCGAGAGUCAGAGUCAGAAGAGAGAGGCCAGUGGGAUAUUUGUGGGGGCCACGGUGGUCAGGGGUAGGGACUGGAGCUGGGGAGUCCAGGAUGGUGGAGACGGAAAGGAAGGCACGGUCACAGACUUCAGCAAUGGUGACGACACCCACUUCAAGUGUAUGGCAAGAGUUUCUUGGACUGCCGGCUCCUCAAAUGUUUACCGGAUUGGUUUCAAGGCCAAGGUCGACCUAAAGUGUGUCAAGGCCGCCAGCGGUGGUAACUUCUACCGGAAUCACUUGCCUGUGCUAGGUCGAGACAAUGUGACGGAAGUGACGUCACCAGCUGACGUCAGCAGUGAGGUGGAUGUAGAGGAUCAGCGUGAGCAGCUGAUGAGGCGGCUGUUCAUGGCCAACCCGCUGCUGCAGAUGAUGGGAGGGGGUGUCACUUUACAGGAACCGGAAGUGGAUCCAGAAGAAAUGCUGGGGUUAAGUGUCAAUGACCUGAGCUUUGGUUUCCGGGUCGUCAGAGGACCUGGCUGGAAGUACGACGACCUUGAUGGAGGCGAAGGUCAUUUGGGCACCGUCCGACGGGGGAAAGAGACCUUGACCUUGUUUGAACUGCCCAAGAAAACCGUCCAGGUUCUGUGGGAUAACGGCACCAAGCAGGAGUGCCGGGUGGGGGAGGGUGGGGUGUUUGAUCUGCUGGUGUUGGAUACGGCGGCUAGAGGUGAGUGA